GCCUCCAUGGAUGUGAGGAUCGCAAAACUUUUCAUCAGGUUUUGUGUGUCGUAUGCAUAUCAUCGUGGUGAUCUUAAUCUCACACGGACAAAAACACAAGAACUGAUCUCCUUGUUAGUGGAAUGUUUGAAGAUGGCUAUUUUCCUAAAUGAUUCCGAGACGAUUGCCUUCAUUUUUUCUGCACUUGACCGUCUCAACCCUCGUAUAUCAGCUAAGAUAACCUAUAAUUUCCAGAACGUUCUUGGCCACACUGCUGCUGGAAAAGGCAAUUAUGCUCUAGAGAUGUAUGCUAACCUACGUUCAGGGAGUGCGUAUCAAUUAUUAGGAGAAUAUCACAAGGCGAUUGAAUAUUACGAAAAGACCCUAGCCAUUGCUAAAGAGAUUAGUGACAGACAAGUAGAAGAAGAUACUUAUAUAGUUUUAGGAGGUUCCUAUAAAUCAUUAGGAGAAUAUCACAAGGCGAUUGAAUAUCACGAAAUAGCCCUGGCCAUUGCUAAAGAGAUUGGUGACAGACAUGGAGAACGAGUUAGUUAUGGAAAUUUAGGGGGUGCCUAUUCAUCAUUAGGAGAAUAUCACAAGGCGAUUGAAUGUCACGAAAAGAGUCUGAGCAUAGCUAAAGAGAUUGGUGACAGACAAGGAGAAGGAGAUACCUAUGGAGAUUUGGGGAAUGCCUAUGAUUCAUUAGGAGAAUAUCACAAGCCGAUUGAAUAUCACGAAAAGGGACUGAGCAUAGCUAAAGAGUUUGGUGACAGACAAGUAGAGGGAGCUAUUUAUGUACAUUUAGGGGUUGUCUAUCAAAUAUUAGGAGAAUAUCACAAGGCGAUUGAAUAUCACGAAAAGAGACUGAGCAUAGCUAAAGAGAUUGGUGACAGACAAGGAGAAGGUGCUACUUAUGGAAAUUUAGGGAAUGGCUAUAAAUCAUUAGGAAAAUAUCACAAGGCGAUUGAAUGCCACGAAAAGAAACUGAGCAUAGUUAUAGACACUGGUGACAGACAAGGAGAAGGAGCUACUUAUGGAGAUUUAGGGAAUGCUUAUUAUUCAUUAGGAGAAUAUCAAAAGACGAUUGAAUAUUACGAAAGGGGACUGAGCAUAGCUAAAGAGUUUGGUGACAGACAAGUAGAAGGAGCUAUUUAUGUACAUUUAGGGAUUGUCUAUAAAUCGUUAGGAGAAUCUCACAAGGCGAUUGCAUAUUACGAAAAGGGACUGACCAUAGCUAAAGAGAUUGGUGACAGACAAAUAGAAGGAGAUGCCUAUGAUAGUUUAGGGGUUGUCUAUGGAAUAUUAGGAGAAUAUCACAAGGCGAUUGAAUACCACGAAAAGAAGUUGAGCAUCAUAACUAAAGAGAUUGGCCACAGACAAGGAGAAGGAGCUACUUAUGGAAAUUUAGGAGCUGUCUAUGCAGCAUUGGGAGAAUAUCACAAGGCGAUGGAAUAUUUCGAGAAGAUGCUGAGAAUAGCUAAAGAGAUUGGUGACAGAAAAGCAGAAGAAGAUGCCUAUUUAAAUCUAGGAUUUCUUUAUAAAUCAUUUGGAGUAUAUCACAAGGCGAUUGAAUAUCUCGAAAAGGGACUGAGCAUAGCUAAAGAGAUUGGUGACAGAAAAGGAGAAGGAACUGCUUGUGGACAUUUAGGGCGUGCCUAUACAUCAUUUGGAGAAUUUCACAAGGCGAUUGAAUAUAACGAAAAGUCACUGAACAUAGCUAAAGAGGUUGGUGUCAGACCUGAAGAAGGCAAUGCUUAUGCAAAUUUAGGGCUUGUCUAUGCAUUAUUAGGGGAAUAUUACAAGUCGAUUGAAUAUGAGGAAAAGAACCUAGCCAUUGCUAAAGAGAUUGGUGGCAGAGAUAGACAAGCAGAGUGCCAUCAUAAUAUAGGUAAUGUUUAUCGAUUAGAAUCAAGCAUUAAAGACCUCAGCAAAUCAAAACAACACCUAGAGAAGAGCAUACAAUGCUACGAGAAAUUGUUUGAUGAUUUAAAAGACAAUGACCAAUUCAAGGUUUCAAUUGUCGAUACAUUCAUCAAAACCUACAAGAUCCUCGGCCAAGUCUACAUCGAAACAAGACAAAGUGAAGAAGCUCUCUUAGUAUGUGAACAUGGGCGAGCACGUGCUUUGAGAGAUCUCUUGUCCCUUAAAUACAACACAACUGACAAAGCAGAAACAAAAGCACUAGAACUUGCAGAUGUCAAGACAAUUUCCUCUCAUCGUGAAGGCUGCAUUCUUUUUUACAAUCUUGAUUUUAACAAAGUUACUUAUCAUAGCUGGAUCAUAUCAUCCCGAAAUCCAUCUACCUUCUUUUACGAUGAAGUGGACAACCGCGAUGCUUUGGCAACAAUUUUGUCGAGCCUCUCUGAUGAUGAGAGAAAACAUACCGAAGCGGGAUAUUUUCAAUAUCUCGUUGACAACUGUUUCCAGCAGCUGAAUGUUAGAGAAGGAAAAGGAAUGAAAUGCGAAGACAGAUCAAUGAAGUCACUAGAGCAUGAAGACCUGGAGUGUGCASCCUCGACAAACUCCUCGCAGCUUAGUGAAAAUGCUCUCAAAGCUUUUCAAAAGGUUGACAGAUGCAUUCCAGACGAAGAAGACGAUGAAAUGGAGCCUCUUGAUAUGCUUUUCUAUAGACUAGUUUCCCCAGUACUGGACCAGCUGACCCACGACGAGGUGAUUAUCAUC